CUUCCCCAAUCGAGGCCUUCCAAACACAUCCUGUCGGGGACUGAUAGCGGGGAAGGAGAGGGCCGGGAAAGUGUCUUUCUCAACUGACCAAUCAUACUAAAUCUUUCUUUUUAUCUCAUCAGAAGAGGACUACAUUAAUACAUUGACAAAAUGAUCCGCUUCAUUCUGAUCCAAAACCGAGCGGGAAAGACCCGGUUGGCCAAGUGGUACAUGCAGUUCGAUGAUGACGAGAAGCAGAAGUUGAUCGAGGAGGUGCACGCCGUGGUGACGGUCCGUGACGCCAAACACACCAACUUCGUGGAGUUCAGGAAUUUCAAGAUCAUCUACAGGCGGUAUGCAGGCCUGUACUUCUGCAUCUGUGUGGAUGUUACAGAUAAUAACCUGGCCUACCUGGAGGGCAUCCAUAACUUUGUGGAGGUACUGAACGAGUACUUCCACAAUGUGUGCGAACUGGACCUGGUCUUCAACUUCUACAAGGUGUACACAGUGGUGGAUGAGAUGUUCCUGGCUGGAGAGAUCCGGGAGACGAGUCAGACCAAGGUGCUGAAGCAGCUGCUCAUGCUCCAGUCCCUGGAGUAGGUGGGCCACAGGGGGGGCGUCCCACUCGCAUCCGUCUCCAUGGUGACGGGCGUCCCGCUCGCAUCCGUCUCCAUGGUGAAGGGAUGUCCCGCUCGCAUCCGUCUCCAGGGUGACGGGACGUCCCACUCGUAUACAUCUCCUGGGUGAUCUGUGAUGUGUGAAACGUUAUCUCAUCACCUACCUAACCCCCCCUCCCCCUCCCUCAGUGUGCUUGUGUGUGAGAGAGUGAGAGAGAAUGUGUGUACAUUUGGGUGCCGUGCUGCAAAGAUGAAGGCUACAUGCCGGUUCUCUGUAUUUCAAGCACUCAUUGCUGACUUUGAGGCUUGGAAAAUGGAUUCUUCAGGAGGCCUAAUGGACGGUAUGAGUGGACAUCUUUACUGCACUGCACUUAACUGAUCUAAACUGUUUGUGUGUGUGUGUGUGUGUGUGUGUGUGUGUGUGUGUGUGUGUGUGUGUGUGUGUGUGUGUGUGUGUGUGUGUGUGUGUGUGUUUCCAAGUUUCCAAUCAUCUCCUUCUGUUCAUUAGAAGCCCCCCCCCACCCUCUGUGCUUGCCAGAUAUUCAGCCAUCUUCAUGCAUUUCCUAUUGUUUUAAUGAUUCUGAUGAGAGUACACAUGCUGUGAGUGGCAGGCACCCACCCCCUCCAAGUGCGUCUGUUGUCAACACUCACUACCAUAGAGUUCACAAGAGUUAACCAUAGAGUUAACAAGCAUUCUUGCGCCCUGUGGCUGUUGGCUGCCGGUGAUCUCCCCCUCACUUCACAGCCCGACUCCCUGGUCCUCUGGUGUCUUACUUACUCGCUACAGCAGCCUUUUCAGAAGUUACACCUCCUACAGGUAUUACACGCUGACCCUGGGCUCCAAUUACAGGAGAGGUUACUGAAAGAACAGGAGUGGAAAUGAAUUUAAUUGGCCGGUUGCAGAACCAACAAGGAGUGGAGGUGUAUUAUUUAAUUGGCCGGCACAUCCUUCUUUUAUUCAUUCUAAUUGGCCGUCACAUCCUUUCUUUCUGCAUUUCUAAUUGGCAGAACAUCAACCCAAAUCAGCGACACAGAAGGUGUUGUUUAACAGACCGUGGGGAAAGCCCGUGGGUCACGACCAAAACAGAGAGGGUUUGCCACCAGGUUUGGGCUGUUUCUCACACCAGAGUGAAGUCCUAUAAGCGGCACGUAACCUGGGGGCCGAACAGCUGUAAGACACUAUUUUACCCCACUCGGUCAGUGUGUGGCCGUAGACCUGCAACACAAUGUCAAGAAAACCAUAACUCGACAGGAACAGUAGGUAGUCGAGAGAAAUAUCAGUGCUCUAUUGUGCUUCAUGUUUAUUGCAGUACUGUGAAGGUAUUAUUUUUCUUGUUUUUUUUUUGUAUUGUGCACAUGUGUAGUGUGUGUGUGUGUGUGUGUGUGUCAGUGAUGGUGUGUGAUGUAUGAAAUCAAGGUGACCAUUCCGGUGUCGUUGAGCUCUGUAACUCGAUACCAUUCCAAUGUAGUCUAUCUGCUCGGCCCUCUUUCUCUUAUCUCUUCAAUGGUAAACAUGCUCCCUCAGAUGGACCGGUCUCCAGACCGUUCACCCACACACACAUUGUGGGCUCCCAGCCCAAGCCAAGUCCGCUGCAGCAAGCACUGGGCAGAAAAAUAAUUGCCGUUGGUUUUGCUUCCAUUGUGCUUUGACAAACUCCCCACGCACACACAUAGGCUGCCUGUGCCUGGUUAAGGCUGUGGCACUCGUGUUAUCAAAUGUCACCGUGGAAACGGCAUGCACUGCAGUCUCGUUAGCAACAACACGCUCUUCUUCAUCUGAGAUUUUAUGUGAGAUUCUCUGUGCCCCUCUUCAAGGGACUGCCCUUUGAUUGAGAUUCAGCCAGUACGAACCCCAUUCCCUCAAGCAUGCAUGUAGCACUUCAGAUGGCUAUUGUAGUGUAUGUAGUUUGUCAUAUCCAAAUGGCCGUUGCCCAAACAUGUGUUAUGACCAUCCUGAUUGCUCUUCAGGUGACUAAGACCAGAGACUACACGCAACACAGAAUCCUGCAGUCUUGUCGAGUGUGGUUGCUACUCCCAACCACUAGGGGCACUGCUGCCAAAGGGUGCGGUGAUGAGCAAAAAACCUGAGACGUCAGAGGUCAGGUCGUCUCACAUGACUCAUUAGCAGAGUUUGUCAAUAGCACUUCACUUAACGAUGCUGCCGCCGCCGCCGUCAUGGCAACCAUCUCUGGCCUUGGGUCUACCCGCGUCAUCAGAGCUGGUUUCCUAAGACACUUCCUAUGUAACUUCAGUUUUAUAAAGUGUAUCUGUUCAGUCCAUUCUUUCAUUAUUGUUUUUUUUUAUGCAUUAUGUUCACCUAUUAUGCAUUGUACUGGUGUUUUAAUGGUCAACCUGUGUGCAGAGAGGGAACACUUGUCUGUUGUUGCCACCGACACCCCCUAUCUAUGUAUAUAUAUAUUCAAAAUCAGAUGAAGUACUAAAGAAAUAAAAUGUAAUGUGUCGAGUAGA